UCCAAAUGUUUCAUGUUUGCAUCACACCUUUUUCUCGUGCCUUUUGCCAGCUUUCAUGUAAAGUUUUAAUUCUGCCACACAGACGGCAGUGCAUGAUAGACAGCAAGGGGCCACUGUGAAACUAUGACAUUUCUGACACUGGCUGGAAUCCCCCUUAUGUCAGUACAAACGCCCCUCUCGCUCGGACCCCUACCGGCCAAGAGCCCAACAGCAGGAGGGGCGUCAGUCCAGCAAACAAACUUCCCAGAGAGCCGCGAGGAAACAUCAGAAAGUCGCUCGCGCUCCUCCAGAAUGAACUUUGGGAACUUGCAUCGCUGCCAGUAUAUAAAGGAAUACGGUUUCCAGCUAAAUAACAUCUCCUGAGCACAUUUAGCGCUUGGUGUCUUUUUCAUUACCACGAACAACGGAUUUGUUUAGUAGGCAGCUGCCUUUCUUCAUAGCUUUAACGGACAGCAGUGGUCGCUUUGCUGGGGAAGGACCUCUUCAGUGUAAACGCCUUUACAGAUGUCUUUAUAAUGGAGGAAAAUGUCUAUUGUGCUUCAGCUUUUUUCUUUUAGUUUGUUUUAACCGGUGAAUAUUCACAGCAGAUGUUUGCCGGCGCCAGCUGGGUCUAUUCCAUGUAGAUUUUGUAUAAAACAUAAAGUAAAGUUCUUUGGCACUUUAAUGAAUACAUCAGGUGGUAACUAACCGCGUUCAAGUUGGAAAGGAUGGCCGGCGUGGUGCGCACCCUGAGCCGGUGUCUGCUGCCCGCUGAGGCCGCUCACGAUGACCGGAGCAACGGGAAAGCACGAGACCGUGAGCGCGACGCGAACCGAGAGCGCGAGGCGAAGCGGCGCAGUCGCGAGAUCGACGCCACGCUCGCGCGCGAGAGACGCUCGGUGCGGCGUCUGGUGAAGAUGCUGCUGCUGGGCGCCGGAGAGAGCGGCAAAUCCACCUUCCUCAAACAGAUGAGGAUCAUCCACGGGAAAGAGUUUGACAAGAAAGCGCUGCUCGACUUCAGGGAUACGAUCUUUGAGAACGUCAUCAAGGGGAUGCGGGUACUGGUGGAUGCCCGAGACAAACUUGGCGUUCCCUGGCAGAACUCCGAGAAUGAGAAGCAUGGCAUGUUUGUUAUGUCCUUCGAAAACAAAGCAGGCAUGCCUGUCGAACCCUGCACCUUUCAGCUGUACGUCCCAGCCCUGCAGGCACUCUGGAAUGAUAGUGGCAUCCAGGAAGCCUACGGCCGACGGAGUGAGUUUCAGCUGAGUGAAUCAGUGAAAUAUUUCCUGGACAACUUGGAUUGGAUUGGACAACUGAAUUAUGUACCGAGCCGACAGGACAUCCUAUUGGCCAGGAAGGCCACCAAGGGGAUUGUGGAGCAUGAUUUUGUCAUUAAGAAGAUCCCUUUUAAGAUGGUAGAUGUGGGUGGCCAGCGCUCUCAGAGACAGAAAUGGUUUCAGUGCUUUGACGGCAUCACCUCCAUCCUCUUCAUGGUGUCCUCCAGCGAGUACGACCAGGUGCUGAUGGAAGACCGCCGCACCAACCGUCUGGUGGAGUCCAUGAACAUCUUUGAGACCAUAGUCAACAACAAGCUCUUUUCCAAUGUGUCCAUAAUCCUCUUCCUCAACAAGAUGGACCUUCUGGUGGAGAAGGUACGCAAAGUCAACAUUAGCAAACACUUUUCCGACUUCCGAGGAGACCCUCACCGACUGGAGGACGUGCAGGCCUAUCUUGUGCAAUGCUUCAACCGCAAACGUCGCAACCGCAGCAAGCCACUUUUCCACCACUUCACCACUGCCAUUGACACUGAGAACAUUCGCUUCGUCUUUCAUGCCGUCAAAGACACAAUUCUUCAGGAGAACCUUAAAGACAUAAUGUUGCAGUGACUUUUACAGUAAUUUUUGAUCAGUUUUGCCGUUGUUUGAGUCUGUUUCCCAUCCUAUUGCAGCAAAAAAUGCCUUCUGGAUUUAAUUUGAACCCAUUUUGCCUUGACAACUGUGCAGGAGAAACAUCAUGUGUUAGUUAAUCAUGUACUCCAAUAUCCAGUCCUUUAUACUUGAGACAUGGCGUAUAAAAAUGACAUGAAUCUCUCUUUGUCCUCACUCGUUUUAAUGUGUUCCCGUGAAACAGGAAGUUUGAAGACACCUUGGAUGGUAGAAAAGCCAAGAACAUUUGAGGGUAUUACAGUUUGUCACUGCAAAGAAAAUGAAGCAGACUGAAAAUUAAUCAUUAUAGAGAAUUUUCACCUCUUUCCUCAAGGAUAAUCUCAAUGCACAAUAACGUUACACUGGCUCAUCUCCCAAAUAACAUCCUAAAUAUCAAUAGCAAACCUGCACUGAACAUCCUGCUUGAACAAGUAGUUAAUUUCAUGUCACCUGACAGGUUUAUUUUUUAUUUAAUCUAACAUUUAAAUCACAUUUUGCUUUAUCUAUACUUGUGAGUUUAUAGAUGACAUGCAAAAUUCUCAUUAACAACUAAGCAGGGUUUUUGUACAUAGAGUGAAUAACAGCUUUUGUACAUGUUAACUGUCUCUUCUGCUUUUAUGUGUCUCUUCGAGUUAAGCUACAAGCUUUGAAGUAUAGAGUAGGGUCAAAUCACUGGUUAUGCCUAACACCACUAACUUAAAUAAUGCAUUAAUGGUAUUCUUUAAAUGUCAUUAUUGCACAGCAUAUUUACUUUUGAGUAUUCAUAUGAUGUUAAUCCUCUCGAAAUGUAUGUAACCUAUGUAGUUUAUGAUUUUAUAAGGAGAUUUCAGAGGGAGUCAACCCGAUGCUGUUCGGGGACUGAGUUUUAUUCUCUGGAUCUUGAUGAAUGUCAGCUGUGAACAGAUGUGGGCUUUUGGUUUUAGCUGGAGUUGCGAUCCCGGACGAGCCCCCAAUUUGUUGCACCCAUGUUGUGUUUUAUUCUUUUGAACUACUUCAUGAACGGGGUGUGAAGUGACUUCCUGGGGAUGUCUGCCAAUGCUAAGAAGUAAUUGUUGUGGCAUAGUUUGAUCCAUUUUCCAGAGAUCUGGUUUUGUCAUCAGAAGUAGUCGCUGACUCACAGUCUCCUCGGAGGACCAGCGGUUUCAAUUUCAGUGCAGGUGUCCACUUGUCAGAAUUUUGUUUUUGCCAUUGUUUUGUGUUAAGGGAAAGCUUGAGAUAAGCUAUCAAAUAGUUUUCAAGUUUUAACAAAAGCAUCAAGCCAUUUUCUUGCAUUCUUUCUUGUUUGUGGACUACAAUGGAAACUGUGACUCAUUUCUUGCAAAACAGCAUUGACAAUGUCUCUCUGUGCCCUAAAGGUAUUUAAAUUAUGUCCUUCCUCAUAAUCACUGCAGUGCCAUGUUGGCUUACUGAAAGUUGGCAGGAAGGGAUUUGAUUUGAGAUAUUGGACACACCCUAAACCUUUGUCCCUGACAGCUCUUCCUAGUGGGAGCAAAACACAUGCAUUUACUGGAAGAUCUCUGGCUCCUCUUGUGCACAUAAAGAAGCCGAUUGGAUUCUUUAAUUCAAGACUGUGUUUGUCCUUGUUUCCUCUUUUAAGACCAUAAAUCCAUUGGGAGAGUUUGAAAGUUAAAUAGUGGAAAAGAAACACAGACACAGUAUAAAGGCUGUUAAAACCUACAAUCAAGAUAAGCAUAUGGCGCGUAAUUAAUUUGAUAUUAAUUAUAAUUGGUGAAUAAUAAUCAAAGAAACUAUUUCCAGUUGUGAUUUCAAUCUACUGAAGGUGAUUUAACUACAGUAUUUACGUUACAUUUGCUGCUCUGGUGUUUUGUCCCUUUUAGGAUCUCAUGAGUGUCCGUUAACAGGAUGUCUACUUCAACACUCUUUUAGUGUUUUACUGUACUUUUUUCAACUUUCAGAUUUUGCUUCCCUAAAGUUUUAUGUAUCCAGUGAUUGUAAAAAGUGUGAAAUUCCAGAUUUUAACUUCAUUAUAUGUGUGUUUUGUAUAUAA